AUGUCUGCGUACGCGAUCUACAAAGAGUUGUUCCCACCACAAACGGUUGAGCAUGUCCAACGCGGCCAGUUCACUUCACCGGACACGAUCAAUCUCAUUGUCGCCAAAGCAUCCUUAUUGCAGAUCUACAACUUUAUCGAAUACGUACCACAAAGCAACACCACCGCCGACGCCAACAACGUAGACAACACCCAAGACAAUGUUGAAGAGAACGAUUUGGAUACACAGAAUCGAUUAGGGACACGUGAGGAUGAAGAACAGGGUCUUGUGUAUCCUCAACUACGACCGGCCAAGAAUGGGUUACUGGAUACAUCUUCGGCAAGAUUGGAACUUGUGGCUCAAUACAAAUUGAAUGGCAAUGUAUCUUCGAUGGGUGUUGUGCGCACUUCUUCUCCUCGUGGCAAACAAGGAUGCGACAGCUUGCUUCUCGCUUUCAAUGAUGCAAAAAUGUCCUUGCUUGAAUGGUCUCCCACUACCAAUUCAAUUGUUACUGUAUCAAUACAUUAUUAUGAACGAGAUGAAUACAAGAAAGAAUUCUUGAGCAAUCCAUAUCCAACCGAUAUCCACAUUGAUCCACAACAACGAUGUGCUGUGCUCAAUUUCUAUGGCGACAAGCUUGCAGUACUUCCUUUUCGACAAUCGGAUAAGCUCGAUGAAUCCAACAAAGAUUAUAAUCAAGAGAAAUGGCCGUAUUCCUCAAGCUUUGUGAUUGAUCUCGAGUCGAUUGAUAAGCGGAUCAAGAAUGUGAUUGAUAUGACGUUUCUUGGCGACUACUAUGAACCCACCUUGGCCAUCCUUUUUGAAACAGAACCUACAUGGACAGGUCGUUUAGCCAAUGUAAAAGAUACCGUAUCGGUGGUCGUUAUUUCUCUCGAUUUGACAGCAAGGAUUUAUCCUGUUAUUUACUCGAUCGACAAUCUUCCUUAUGACUGCCGUCGUCUUGUCCCAAUGCCCAAACCAGUGAAUGGUUUACUUGUCCUUGCAAGCAAUUCGAUUUUACAUGUGGCGCAAGGAUCACCAGGAGUGGGUGUUGCAGUGAAUGGAUUUGUCAAGCCAAGCACAGAUUUUCGAGGCAUGAUCUAUGAUGAAAAAACGGUUGCACUCGGUUUGGCUCUUGAUGGCGUCAAGGCACUUGCGCUUAGUGGUGCACGUUGUUUAUUAUUUCUUCAAAAUGGCGAUUGGGUCAUUGUCAAGGUCAAGUUGGAUGGUAACAAGGUCGUUGGUAUGGAUUUGGAUAAGAUUGCUUGGUCCGAUCCAGAUAUCCAAAAGGAGCAUCAGCACACAGCACCCCUUGCCAUGGUCCCCUCUUGUGUUGCCAGCAUUCGAGACAACGAGUAUUUGUUCUUGGGAAGCCGUGUGGGUGAUUCACUCUUGGUGAAAUGGAAUCUUGAUACUGGAUCACGCAAGGAUGAUUAUGACUUUCGUGUGUGCGACCGGCUCUUGAAUACUGGACCUAUUGUUGAUAUGGCCAUUGGUCAGGAUGAACCGUUACAAGAUGAAGAAUCCACGCCAUUGAACGCACUUCCCGAUCUUGAGCUUGUCAGCUGCUCUGGAUACGGCCAAAAUGGAUCAUUGUGCGUAUUUCAACGCCAUAUUAGACCUGAAACAACAUUCACAUUCAACCAAGAAGGAUGCCAAGCAGUAUGGUCAGUCAAAUGUCGCAAGGAACAAUACUUUGAAGGCGUUCAAGUAGGCGGCAACAUGAAUCAAAGUGGCACAGGAGCAGCGUGGGAUCUAUCAGGCCAAAUUGUUCCUGAGAAUACAUGGAAUGGCGAACAAACUUGGGGUGAUCUCUUGGAUAAGUUCUUAUUUAUUAGUAAACCCAAGGGUACUUUGGUACUUGCGACGGGUGAAGAAUUUCAACAAGUGGAAAAUGCCGACUUUUACACAGCUGGACCCACCGUCAAUGUUGGAACCUUGUUUGAUCAUACCCGGAUAGUUCAAAUCCAUGCAAAUGCUGCACUCCUUCUUUCACCAGGCGGCAAACUUAUCCAAACGGUUCACGUCAAGCAAGCAAGGAUUGUAGAUGCCAGUAUCAGUGAUCCCUAUGUGUUGUUGAAGCUCGAGAAUGGUGCCAUCAUGCUAUUCCAAGGCGAUAGUUCAAGCAAGCAAUUGUCUCCUAUUACCUUACCAUCACAUCUCACUAAGAAAAAAGUGUCCAUGGCAAGCUUAUUCGUUGACACAUCGGGGUUGUUUACCUCUGUAUCAGAGAGGCAAUUACAGCGACAAAGCAAGCAAAAAGCCGAGAAUGAAAAGAAGCGAAAGGCACACGACAAUCCCAUGGAAUCAUCCAAUGUCAAGAAAAUGUAUCCAGGCCCAAGCAAUACCAUGGAUAUGGAUUUCGAUGAAGUGGAUCUUGAUCUCUAUGGUGAUCAGGAUGAAACUGAAGCAGCAGAAAAACCAGCAUCAGUCGCCGUCAACAAUCUCAAAUCCAGCGACAACACGAUUGAAAUGGAUGAUGAUGAUGCCAUGCUAUAUCGGGAUGAGACCAAGGAACAACCCAACAGCCAUCUUGAUCAAUCAGCAGGAGGCAUUGAUGAGAUUAAUGUGAGCAUCCAAGGUGGUAUGGGAGACGUUACGCCCAUCAGCUAUUGGUGCAUUAUAUAUACUACGGAUGGUUGCUUAAAGCUCUUUAGCCUUGACGACCUGCAAGAAUGCUUUUCAACACCCAAUUUCGAUGCAUUAUCCAAGUUGGUCAUUGACCAGAAAUCAAGCGACGCCACCGACGCUGCAGCGCCCAGCAAAUCAUCCUUGUUAUCAUUGGAGGAUAAUGUAUCAACGAGCAUCAAGGAAAUCUUAUUGACGAAUAUCGGCAAGGAGAGAAAGGAUCCCCAUCUUGUCGUUCGAACCGAAUCGAACGACAUUGUUAUCUACAAGGCAUUCCAAUACCUACCAGAGCCUGGAGAAAUAUUGCAUGAAGGCGACCAAGAGUUGACCGAUUGCCACAGCGAAUCUAUACAAGGUGAUCGACUUGCGCUUCGCUUUUCACGUGUGCAUCAUGAACAUGUAUCUCGAACAACAAGUCGAGGCACAUCGGCUACAGAACAAGAUCAAGAGCCGGAAACGAUGGAUGAACGACGACGACUUAUACCAUUCAAUGAUGUGGCAGGCUUUACGGGUGUCUUUUUGGCUGGUCCACAACCCGUGUGGCUCAUGUGUUCAUGCAAGAGCUUUGUGCGUGUGCAUCCAAUGAGUGCAAAAGGGGAAAUUAUUGGCUUUACACAAUUCCACAACGUCAAUUGCAGGCAUGGCUUCAUCACUGUAGAUGCCAAUUACAACUUGCGCCUUUCUGUUUUACAAGUGGACAAUGUAACAUACGAUAUGGAUUGGGUGGUACAAAAGGUACCUUUGCAUCAAACAGUGCACAAGGUUGCCUAUCAUCCUGUUAUGCGCGUCUAUUCUGUUCUUGUCUCUGAACCCAAACCGGUCCGGCUACGCAAUGAUGAUGGCACGUGGACGGAUGGUCAAGAAGAUGAACGCAAGGAAGGUGAUUUCUUACCGACGGUGGAUAAGUUUUCAUUGCUCAUGGUGUCUCCUGUCACUUGGGAAACGGUGGAUCGGGUGGAAUUCAACGAGUAUGAACAAGGUCUUUCUCUUGAAUGUGCUGUACUUGAAUCGAAGCAAACAAAGAGUGGAAAGAAGCACUUUAUUGCCGUGGGCACUGGUUAUCUACGUGGCGAAGAUACUGCUAUGCGAGGAUCGAUCCAAAUCUUUGAUAUUAUUGAAGUCGUUCCUGAACCCAACAACCCACAGACCAACCACCGCUACAAGCAUUUGCAUACCGAAGAAGUGAAGGGUGCAGUGACGGCAUUAUGUGAUGUGAUUGGUCAUUUGGUAUCAUGCAUUGGCUCAAAGAUCAUUAUUUGGAGUUUCGAGGACAACGAAAGCUUGGUCGGCGUUGCAUUUAUCGAUGUACAGAUUUACGUUACUAGCAUAAGCGCUAUCAAGAAUUUCAUUGUUCUGGGCGAUGCACAAAAGUCCGUUUGGUUCCUCGGUUUCCAGCUGGAGCCUGCAAAGCUGGUGCUCUUGGCAAAGGAUUAUCAGUCAUUUGAAGUGAGCAGUGUCAACUUUCUUAUUGACGACAAGUCCAUGUAUUUAUUGAUUGGCGAUACGGAUGACAAUUUGGAUAUUUUCCAAUAUGCACCUUUCAAUCUCCAAUCCUUUGCGGGUCAAAAGUUGAUACGUCGAGGAGACUUUCAUGUGGGUGGUCAGGUACGAUCCAUGGUACGUUUACCACAGGUCAUACAAGAGGGCGACAAGUAUCAUUACAGCCGACGUCAUUUCUGUUUAUGUGGAUCCUUUUCUGGCAGCAUAUCAGCUGUGUCACCGAUUCCUGAAAAGACGUUCAAGCGAUUAAAUACAUUGUAUGGUCAACUGGUGAAUGGGUUGCAACAUGUGGCAGGAUUAAAUCCUCGAGCUUUCAGACUGAUCAAGGGACACAAACAACGCAUGUCUUCCAAUCGCACGAAAGCAGUACUUGAUGGUGAUCUCAUUUUCGAAUUUGCUGGAUUAUCGGUUGGACAACAACGAGAAAUGACCAAGCAAAUCGGCACGACAGUGACUCGAAUUAUGGAAGACCUUGUUGAAAUCGAUAUUGGUAUUGAUCACUUUUGA